CCUGCUCUUGCUGACCCAGACCCAGAAGGGCUGCCGGCUUCCACCCGCCCUGCCAGACCUGCUGGCUGGGGCCCUGAGCACACAAUUGCCCCUCACAGGGGGCUCAGGUACACAUUCCCCUGACGGACCCACCCGCUUCCCCCACCGCUCGCACACACUUGCUGCCUGCAGCACACACCCAGCCAGCGGAGGAAUCAGGCACCAGGCGGAGUUGGCAGCCACCGUGGGCCACCAGCCCAAGAAGCAGCCCCUCCUGGCUGGUGAAAUGGCCCGGUGCACUGCUGUCCGGGUUACACUUCUGCAGCCACCCCUGCUCGCCAGCUCCUCUAUUCCUGACACUUCACAUUCCUCACAGUCCCACCUGCCUAUUCACACCGGCCUCCUGCCCGCCCCCUCCCAGCCCCUCCCACACGUGCUUGCACACUCUUGAUUUCAAUUUCACCCCCACUCUGGCCCGGUCUCUUCCCUUCACCCCUCUCCCUGCCUCUGGCUUUCAGCCGGCUGUCUUGCGGUCCCUGGCUUUACCCCGCUUGCCACUCACUCCAGCACCCUGGGUUUCAGGGUUUCUCCUGCAGCAGCAUCAGGAACCCUCUCCCCCAAACCAAAGCCCUAAGCCUGACGCAGAUACUGACUGCCUGGGCGGGGGGACUAGCUGCUCUCUCAGCCGCUGCUUCCCCCUGGGCCCGGUUUCUUCUUUGGUCCUUUAGACUGGAAGAGAAGGGCAGGGAGGGGAAUGCUGAAGACAGCAGAGAUGGAGCCCCGUGGUUGCAGCUGGGAGGAACUUUAGUGUGCCCAGCGCAAGCCCACCUCACACUUGGGUUGAUGCAAAGCUGGGUCUCCUGACUUCCUGGCCCUGGCUAUCCCACUCACCAAGCUGCUUGCUUCCCAGUGGUCUGGGGGAAAAGGGACCAAGGAAAGGGCAGAAGGGAGAGAGAGAAGCCCGGGGAGGGCAGCCAGCCCAGAGAUGCAAGGAAAAAUGGUUGGUUUCUGUGGGCUUUCCCAGUGUGGGGGAGGUACCCUGGUGUGUGUUUGGGGUGUCCUACAGUCACAAUGCCUAGCUCUCACACCACAGGGUACACACUACCCCUAAACCACUCCAUGCCCCUAAUUCUGAGGUCACCCAGAAGUUGGUCCCAGCCUGUGGCCACUGACCCCACAGCCCUCUGCAAUGCUCACAGCUCUUAGCCACCAGGCCCAGGCCCAGACCCUGACCUUCCUGGCACAUCGGCAUGGCCAAGCCCCUCACCCCCACCGGGUGAGGGGACUCGUGGGGGAUGCUAGCUUGCCUGUGCACAGUGCUCUGGCACCUCCCCACAGUGCCAGCCCUCAAUCGCACAGGGGACCCAGGGCCUGGCCCCUCCAUCCAGAAAACCUAUGACCUCACCCGCUACCUGGAGCACCAGCUCCGCAGCUUGGCGGGGACCUACCUGAACUACCUGGGCCCCCCCUUCAACGAGCCUGACUUCAACCCCCCUCGGCUGGAGGCAGAGACUCUGCCCAGGGCCACUGUCAACUUCGAAGUCUGGCGAAGCCUCAACGACAAGCUGCGGCUGACCCAGAACUACGAGGCCUACAGCCACCUCCUGUGCUACCUGCGUGGCCUCAACCGCCAGGCGGCCACGGCCGAGCUGCGCCGCAGCCUCGCCCACUUCUGCACCAGCCUCCAGGGCCUGCUGGGCAGCAUCGCUGGCGUCAUGGCGACUCUGGGUUACCCACUGCCGCAGCCUCUGCCCGGGACGGAGCCCACCUGGGCCCCCGGCCCUGCCCAUAGCGACUUCCUCCAGAAGAUGGAUGACUUCUGGCUGCUGAAGGAGCUGCAGACCUGGCUGUGGCGCUCCGCCAAGGACUUCAACCGGCUCAAGAAGAAGAUGCAGCCACCAGCAGCUGCGGUUGCCCUGCACCUGGAGGCCCGUGGCUUCUGAGCUCCGGCCUUUCCCACCCUCCUCUUCCCCUUCCCCCUGGAAAUCAGGCUCCCACCCUGGGAGGGAGCAACCUGUGUGCCCACACCUGUUGAGCCAGAAGACAGAAGCCAUGAGCCUCUGGCUCUCCCCUGGACUGGGGUGGGGGGGUAUACAAUGAGUCCUGUCCCCCCCACCCUCACCUGCAUCUCCCAAAGUCCUGCAGGUCUGGGGAAGAGAUGCAAUAGGCCCAUCCCAUUGCCACAGGAAGUAUCGAUCAAGGGAGCCUGAAGUGGUUUGGGGGUGCGAAGGCCCUCACAGCCUCCUGCUUCCUGCCCACCACUCACCAGAGCCCACCCAGCCUCCUAAGCAGCACUUCCAGGAAGUGGGACUGGAGGAUGGAGAUGGGGGCCACCGUGGUACAUGCCUUUCUGGGGUGAAGCCCUUUGGCUGUCCUGCUCUCCUUGGAUGGGUGUUGCUCUCCUAACUCCAAAUAACUCUACACAUCCAGUUCAAGAAACAGGCCAGUCCAAACAGGAAGAGAUGGGCUUAAAAAUGGAAGAGGUGGGGUCUGCAUCAGAGGUGGCCUAUAAACCAGAACAGGUAACACUGAAAGCAGAGGAGCAGGGACAGACUGGACCCAGGGGUCACCAAGGCAACAGGUGGCCCAGGGUGGCAAAAGGAAGCUAGCAAAAUCUUGCCGGCCUCCCGGUGCCUUUCUCCACCCCUUUCCCAGGGUAUCUGUGGGUUGGCCGGGCUGGGAGGGGACUCCCAGCCACAGCCACAGGAUUUCCUGAAAGUUUACAUUGUGGUAGCAUUUUGGGGUGUGGGGGGGCAGUUCCCCCAGGCCCUGCCCCCCAGCCCCACCCACUCAUGACUCUAAGUUUGUUGUAUUAAUAUUUAUUUAUUUGAAGAUGUUAUUUAUUAGAUGAUAUUUAUUGCAGAAUUUCUAUUCUUGUAUUAACAAAUAAAAUGCU